UCUAUAUAACAUGCUUACAAAAAAAAAUCCAAUAUGAUAAUCAUAGGUCAUAUGAUUCCGACGACUUCAUAGAAUGAUACGGACGACUCCACAAAAGUCUGUGGUGAGGCUGUCAUGCAGUUCUACACAAUGGAUUCACUCUUCUUGUUCAAUUCCCGACUAUGUGGUUUAUCAGAAUGUCCCCGUACUAUCAUACUUACAGCCGCUAGCAACCAUUGGUUAAUUUUUCGUUCGCACUUUCUAUAGACUCAUAAAACAGUCAUCGAGUUCUACGAGUUGUCCCACAGCCCCUACCGACUUCAAAGUCGACGAUCUUAUCUCAUAUCUUGUUGUUUAUCCCAACCUUGUAUUGGACAUUUACUUCAAGGACCACGAAAAACGAUCGCUUUGUCACCACGGCCUCUGAAAAAUACCGCAAUGGAUCGAUUAUAUAAUACUCCAACUAAUCAUUCUACCCCCCCAUGCGCCUUGAUGCUGUUUCUGAGGCAAGUUUACAGCCUUGUUGGCGGGAGCAGGUCAGUGGUGGCUCGUCAGUAGACAGAAUUCGGCCAACCACGGGUCUACCCCGCCAACUACCCCACCAUCAUUACACGCCUUUGCCGACGUCAGCACCGAGGUUGUAAGCACAAGUUCAGCCUUCUUUGCUUGAAAUGGUAAAAGGGGGUCGAUUAGGAAGGUCAAGUUAAGUAGUGAUUGGAGUUAUUCGAGCCUUUUGUGAGGCUUAGGUCAGAUAAGCCUUCCCCGCCUUCAAAGACUUCCAUCGAUCCGUAGCGGGGCAUAUCACCAACCACAAAACAAUAAGGGGUUAUAUAGUCCAGACUGUCCCCGACCCCUUCUAAAAUUCGUAUUUCUCUUACUAUACUAUACUUAACAAAAUGGCUGCAGUAACUAACGAUAGCUCCAAGAAGGAGUUCAACUUCACUACAUUCCAAAAUGUCAUAAACGGAGAGUUGAAGACCACCGAAACCACCCGCCAUGCCAUCAGCCCCCACACCAAGAAGCCCCUGGCUGAAGUUCCUCUCUCUACAUCCAAGGAUGUUGACGACGCAGUUGCAGCUGCGCGUGCUGCCUUCCCUAAAUGGAAGAAGACCAGCUUCGAGGAACGCGCUAAAGCGCUGAACGGCCUGGCAGCAACUAUUUACGAAUACCAACAGGAAUUUGUCAAGCUCAACGGUUACGAGCUGGGAGCACCGGUUUCAAUUGCCGAAAUCCUUAUCCACAUGGGCGCUGGAUGGUUGUCUGAGACUGCGAAGCUUCAUCCCAUUGACGAAGUUGUUGAGGACACCCCAGAACGUGAAGUCAUCGUCCGCUAUUUGCCCCUCGGUGUUGUAGUUGGAAUUGUGCCCUGGAACCUACCUCUUCACUGUACAGCGGCCAAGAUAGCGGCUGCUGUCAUUGCUGGCAACUGCAUCAUCAUCAAGCCCUCUCCAUAUACACCAUACUCUGGCCUCAAGCUUGUCGAGAUGGCCCAAAAAUUCUUCCCUCCUGGAGUCGUCCAAGUUCUUAGUGGCGACGACAGCCUCGGUCAACUGUUGACCGAGCACCCAGGUGUCGAUAAAAUCUCUUUCACUGGCUCCACCGCCACCGGAAAGAAGGUCAUGCAGUCGGCCUCCAAGACCCUAAAGAGAGUCACGCUCGAGCUCGGUGGAAACGACGCAGCCAUCAUCACUAAGAACAUCGACGUUGCCACGAUUGCUCCCGCGCUCGCCGGCGUUAUAUUCAGCCAUUCGUCCCAAGUUUGCCUUGCCAUCAAGAGACUCUAUGUCCACGAAAGCAUUUUCGAGGAGUUCCGUGAUGCCUUGGUAGCUGCUGUCAAGGCGUUCAAGCUUGGCGAGGGCGUUGGCGAGGGCGAGAACGACCCAACUGUGACUAUUGGGCCAGUCCAGAACGAAAUGCAGUAUGAGCGCGUCAAGGGAUUUUUCAGCGACAUCGAGAAGGAGGGAUGGAAGGUGGCUGUUGGCGGCACGAUUGAUGAGAGCCCUGGUUACUUCAUUAACCCCACUAUCAUUGAUAGGCCUAAGGAGGACUCGCGGAUUGUGGUCGAGGAGCCAUUUGGCCCAAUUCUCCCAAUCUUAUCGUGGUCCGAUGAGGACGAUGUCAUUGCUCGCGCGAACAACACCAGGAUGGGUCUUGGAGGGUCUGUGUGGACCACUGAUUUAGUUGAGGGACGUCGCAUUGCAGAGCAAAUUGAGGCCGGCUCCGUGUGGAUUAACUCCCACAUGGAUGUCACUCCGAACUUCCCAUUCGGUGGACACAAGGAAAGUGGCAUUGGCUACGAGAACGGCUUGGGUGGAGUCAAGGCAUACUGUAACGUGCAGACUCUGUACUUGAAGAAGAAGUAGACCAUACGGAUAGCUAAAAUACAGAUUGAGAAUUAAAUCACAUUUUUACAUCAUUUCAAAG